GAUCCAGAAUAUUUGGUUGUCCAUCAAAGUGGGAGCCGCCUUCGACGUUUUGUUCAAGACCAUAACUCGCCGUAGAACCCACCCCUUCCAGACCAAAUCAGGCAACAUGUUCGCCCUUUCGGAAGAGUCCAAGGAGCGCAUUGGCAAGCUCAUCGACAUCUCGCGGGUCGUUGUUCACUAUGGCUACCUGCCUUUGAUCCUCUAUCUCGGCUACACUCGCAGUGUGCCCCGGCCUUCCAUCAUCCGCCUCCUCUCCCCGCUCUCCUAAACGACAAACAACGAAAUCGGAGUUAUGGGUAGAAAGUUUGGGUUAUACAUGUACUAUUGUUUGCAAGCGGGCUUGACUCUGGACGAACGAUGACGAGACGGCAUCCCGAAUGAGCACAAAACGACUUACACCGGAGGAUCGAACAUGACUACGUGGGACACGGGCAGUCGGGAGAGGACUGGGACCGAGAGAUACCACGAUAACUGUACACUAUAAUCACAGACAACUCUCUAUCGAACAGCCUAAGGGAAGAACAUCGAAGGGACAUGACCCGUGGCAAGGAUGUAUCAUCACGAGGCGACACCAGAAGAUACGAUACUUGACUGGCUUAUACAUAUCCCUUUUGACCUUUUGAACUGCUACGCCGGUGUGGUAGUUACCUGCACGAGAGUUGGAAAGGGACAGUCGCAAGCUUCGGAUCGAACAAUUCUACGUCUACCCAGGCAUGAGCUCUCUGUUUUGAUCAGUGUUUAUGCAGAGUCACGGCCCUGUGUAUGGAUGCUCCAAAACCGGCAGUGUCUGCUACCAAAAGGGACAUAUGAGCAACUGAACAAUCUCAAGAUCCAGACAGCCG